AUGGCCUCGCCUAUGAAGUCUGACUUCCUUGCCGGUAGCCAUAUGAAGCUGCCCAAGAUAGGGAUUGCCGCCGCGGUGGCGGUGGUGGCUAGUAUUGUGAUCUACCUGGCACUUUCAAACUUCUUCGAAUUCAAGAAUGAUGAGAGCCAGAGCAUCAAGGAAUAUCCGGACAAUACGCGGUUCAUGAGAUUCACUCAUGGGAAACAACUGUCAAAGGCUGGCGAGGACCUUGCCGGUUCAGAGCCAUAUCUCAUUCAUAACGGAAAAUUGAAGGAGCUCGUUAUUUUCGCACCAGAGCAUCUCCAGGAAUUCCACCGAAAGGACGCCAACUCGCAUUACAAGCCUGAAAACAUGAAUAUGGGUGACUAUGCAGGGCAACUUCUAGGACAAUGUGUGGGACAGCUGGGAGGCACCAAGUGGAAGCUUGCGCGUAGUCAUAUGGACCCGGAAUUUUCCUAUCGAGCCAGCCGUUCCAUGAUGAAACGAUUCUCUCAGGAGAUUGACUCUUGGUCAUCUGUCAGAGAACCCAACCAGAAGGAGCACCCAGAAAGAUGUGUUUGUGCAGGAUGUGAAGAAGCGGUGCAAGGAUCUGUCCCUGAGGUCCAUCGCGAUCAGCAUCUAUGGCGAGACGUUCAUACUAUGAACGAACUUCACGAGAAGAUCAUUUUCGUCGCGUUUCUCAACAAGCGAGUGAUGUCCAAAUGGUAUAAUAAAUUGCCGACUGCUGAGAAGCGACUGAUGGACUCGUUCCAGACGCAGUGGAAGGCUUUCAACCUCGCCCAGAUCAAGCUUGCAAGAGAGGUACCGUCGUCCCAAUGUUAUAUCCAGGAGUAUCUGAUAAGCCUGUAG